CUGGAAAUUAACAAAAAUAUGUCGAAAUUUCGUGUUUUUGUUCCGAGUUGAAAAAUACCGUGAAAACAUUUCGUGUACAGGAACGCUACGAUGAAUUGACACAUAGGGGAAGCUUUAGAGGCCGUUUUUCAUCGGUUCCCUGGCGUUUGAAGUGAACUUCUGCGGGAAUUUCCCGUCAAAUGAGUGAAAUAUAACAUCGAUGCCUGAAUCGACUGACUCUGGGCUUGGAUCGCCAACUAUGGAAAAUACAACGAAUCGUCGAAAUUCUGGCUCGCCAGAGAUCUCACCAAAAGAGCCACUGUUUUGUACGGCCUUGUAUGACUACGGAGCCGACGAUGAUGACGAAUUAACGUUCAGAGCGGGCGAUCGAAUCGAAAUUUUAAGUCGAGACCAAGACGUUAGCGGAGAUGAGGGCUGGUGGGUUGGUAGAGUUGUUGGUUCUACGAGUGGACAUAAUAUAGGGCUAUUUCCAUCAAACUAUGUCGGAACAGACGAUGCUACUAUAACAGAAAAAUCCGAGGACGCUAGACUCCCUUCAGAAGUCGAAUUUUCGCUGAUCGAUCUCACCGAAGUCAUCGGUGUUGGGGGUUUUGGCAAAGUCUACCGAGGCGUCUAUGAGAAUCGCGAAGUAGCUGUAAAAGUUGCUCGGCAAGAUUUAGCCGAAGACUUGGAAAAAACACGAGAAAAUGUGCUAAGCGAGGCACGAUUGUUCUCUAUUUUAUCGCAUUUAAAUAUUAUUAAUCUGUACGCGGUUUGCUUGCAAGAUCCCAACCUAUGUUUGGUGAUGGAAUAUGCUCGAGGGGGAUCACUUUGUCGUGCUUUGUCACAACAUGGCAAAAACAUUCCGCCAGAAGUGCUCUUAGAUUGGGCUAUCCAGCUGGCUAAAGGAAUGAAUUACCUACACAUCGAGGCACCGAUUAACCUCAUUCAUCGAGACUUAAAAUCAGGCAAUAGUAAGUGGUCUCAGUUAUAUUAUUUUCGCCUAAAUUUGCCCAAAAUUGAACCCUAAAUUCUAGCUUGUAAAAUUGUUCCAAAAUGCCCAGUUCACGCAGUCGGUAGCGUUUUGCGUGACACAAAUAUUUAAUACACCGGCUGGUUUUAUAAACCACUUAUAUCGAAUCAUUUUGACAAAAAAUAUACCCUUUAAAUAUUGCUUUUAACAUAAAGUAGUGUUAAUAGAAAUCCUACGCAAUUAAGAAGCAAUUUUGUGAAUGAGUUUAUAUUUCGAUGAUCGCUGAGAAAACACGCAACAUGUCACGCAAAAUAACGCGACUUGUUUCAAAACCUUUUAGAAUUUGAAAAAAUGUAGCAAUUUUAUACUUUAAUAACUUUUGACCUUGUAUUGAAUGUUCAAAAAUUCCCCACGCUUCACUGAAAUCGACAUCGAAAUCGAAUAAUCUGAUUUUCGAAUGAAACAUUCUAAUUUGAAAUUGACACUUAGAUGUAAUGGCUUCCAUAUAUUUUCUUAAAGAAUUCACAAAAUUACUCGCAAGUCUGGCGGAGAAAUUUCUAGUAUUUUGGGAUAAAUAAAUUUUUAGGUCAUCUGAACUCGUCUUAAUAUAUAUUAAAUAUUUGAAACCCCACGAACGAUUGAAAUGCUGCAAAUUAUUAUUCAUGUGUGCAUUUCAAAUUUUGACAUUUUAUUAUUGAUUCAAACUCAUUUAAUAGUCCGAGAAAUCAGAAGCACUUAUAGAUAUUAGACGUACAUCUAUCCCCCUCACAAGUGUCCGUGACAACCACUCGCGAAGGCUAAUUUUUCGAGUUUUUAAAUCACUUUUCGCUCUUAAUUGUUAAUUAUAUUAGGAAGAGCUUUUAGGAGCGAUUAGCACGUUUUCCCUUAGCAAAUAAAUUAAGGUGUUUCUGUAUAUAUGUUGAAUUUUCUUUCGUUUACUUUACUGUUCAGCUGUCUAUCGCCUGAAUAGCUGCCUUAUGUCAACUAAAAUAUCUUGAAGAGCUUAAGUUUUGGGAAAUUAAGUGUGUUUAUUUCAAGGUUCAUUUAAUCACAGGCUAGCUAUAGUCACUUUAAUAGCAGUUCUCUAUUGGACUUAGCAAUUUAUUUUCUAGUCUAAACAUGUCAUGAACAGAUAUACUUUUUCUAACCAAAGAAAUAUUUGACCAGUUUAUUGGAGUAUGUUUGCUGCAGAAAUUGAAUAAGCUAAACAAAGAUAAUGACUAGUAUUAUUUGCAAUCUCCAUUGGCCAUAUUACCUAAUACUUUUUUCCCCUUGUCGAAUAAAAUUGUCUGGCAUUAACAGAGUAAUACUAUAUAUCGAAGUAGGAAGCAUGAGUCACAUUGCAGUGGAAUAGGUUAAGUACAAAGAAUUGACCUAAAUUGCAUAACCACAGGUUCACUUCCUGUUGGUGGACUGCUCCCAGAUAUUUUUUAUUUAAAUUAACCUGUAAGUGCCACAAUUCAUGCCAUAUUGAGUUAACAAGAGACAUGGCCAAAUGGGUUGUUUAAGCUAUUAAUUCCUGAUAUCAUUGCAGGCCUUAAAAUAUCUUUUACAGGACUGUCUGACAAAAUGUCCAAUGACUUUGAGUUUAUGUAUGAUGACAUAUGUAUGAUGAUGGCCAAUGACCUUCAGUUAAGUUUGGCUUGGGAAUAAGUCUGAAUGACACAAAUUGAUAAUUAAUAUCAGCACAAUGUAUUAAUUCUGAACUAAAUGUUGUGAAGAUAUUAAAUAAUUUCUGUCAUACUUAUUUCCAAGCCAAGAUUAACUUGCUUGCCAAUAAUAGCAGUAGCUGCAGUACGACUUUGACAGCAUUUUUCAUUUUGCUCGCCACCCCACGCUUGAUGACAUUAGAAACAACAUUUCCGGCUGGUUCUCCAUUUAUAACAUACCAGCCUCUAGUCCUGGACAAGGGUACAUUUUUAUUUACAUUGUAAAAUAAUGCAGGCCGUAAAUAUUGGUUGGUCACGGACAUUGUCCGACCCAUUCGUCAUAUUGUCCGAUGUAGAGAGGAAACCACGUGACAUUCUGAGGUUUAUUCUUCGUCCUACCCUAGUGUAUUGGUGUCCGACCGAACUGUAGCUAUGUCCGACGCUUUCUCUACGCAUGUUGGACAAUAUUGAAUGAGUCAAACCUGAUCCAACAUAGGCCUGUUUUCAACAUUUGAAUUCCCGUUUAAUUUAAUUUGUUGAAUUUAGAACUUUGGAAUUUUCUUUUAGAGUGAAAUAGUCAUUUUAAAUGGACGGUACAAUUCAACUCAGCACAUUAAGUGCAACGUUGUCAAGGUUAUUUUAUCUACUAAAAUUGUUAAGCAUUAAAUUCAACAAAGUAAAUUCAAUAGAAAUUCAACGCCUAAACCAAGCUCUUUAAUCCAUUGAGCACCAGCACUCUCCCCUUGAUGACCAAACCAUCUUGCUUUAGACAAGUAAAAUUAUCUGGUGGGUGCUGUAACAAGUUACUUAAUAACUCUACAUUCUAUCAUUUAAAAUCUUUGAUUGCCCUGCCAAUCGGGAUGAUUUGUAUUUUGUGAGGGUGCCACCCCCCCCUCUCCAUACCCCUCAAGUUUUGCCCCUGUGCAUCCGCAGUUUUAGUAAUAAACAGUUAGCCUUAACUUCCUUAUCAGAUUAUAUACUUAAAUUAAUGUACCGGGUACUUGAUUAGGUAGUGGUGCAAAACAACUGAAAAUUAAGCACUUUGUCCAGCCUGCCUGUGAUUGCACGUUGGAUGUUCGUGUCACAUAAUCCCAGUCCAUUCAUCACACUUUAAAGGCCCAUUUCCACUCAAGAAAAAUUUCCACGGGCAGAAAAUUUUCUGAAAAUGUCAUUGUUAAAAGUUGAAAAUUUUCAACUUCAAAAUUUUUUUCCGAUGGAAAAUUUGUGUCGGCCAAAUCACAUUUUACAAAUUUUUUCUUUCUGCGGAAAAUUUUCUUGAGUGGAAAUGGGCCUUAAUUAAUGGUGUAUUUCUUCAUAUCUGGACAAGAUUGUUGGAAAAAUAUUUCCUAGUCAGUCAUCUGUUAGGCGGUUAACCCAGGGUUAAGCUAACCAGCUUUCGACCAACCAGCCCCAGGAUUUGUGCAAUAUGCAGUCAUGACCGUAUUUCAGCCUCAGUCGCAUGUGACAGUAAUGCUUACAAGUGUGACUAGACCCAAUAAGGAGGCCAUAAUAGAAUUUCUAAGGACAGCGGUAAAAGUAUAAUUUUAUUAAAUUUUUUGCUACAUAAAUCAGUGCUGAUUAUCAAAUAUCUGAUAUUGUUUAUUCAACUUGUUAUUAACAUCCCCAACAGUUUCUUUUGUCCAAAAUCACCCCCACUGCUUACAGGAAUGAACAUGGCACAAAACACCCACAUUGUGCAUUGUCAAAUAGAGCCUAAUAUAUGUGGGUGGAUAAUUCCCUGGUUAAAGUGCUGCUAACAUUAAAUAUAAAACGAGGGCAUUUUUGUCAUAUAAAAAGAGGGCAGUUUUAAGUUUACUGUAACUAGCAAACAGUUUGCAGCCUCCUAAACAGUGUGUGGUUUUUUUCUUCAUUUUAAAGUAUGUUUAGCGCAUUUGUAUAGGAAUGUCUACAAUGUAUCUAAAAUAUCAAAUAUUUAAUCAGACAAUAAAAGACUCGUAAUGCAUCUUAGACGAAAUAUAAUUGCUUGUAUUAUGCGUUGGAAUUUGUUUAAGUAGGGUGUCUAGCAAGCAUUCUGAUAAGAAUCUGUAUCUGUUAAUUGUUGGUAUGCAAAAGCAGCAAAAUUAAUACACCCUGUCAGGCUUUUGGUCUACCAAACUGAAAAAUACCCUUCUAGUGGUGGCAAUAGUUUGAUAGCAGCAUUUUAGAAAAUCUAAACGUUUUGAAUUCAAGUAGUAACUGUUAAUGAAUGUUUGAUAAUUACUUGCUUUCGAGUGAAGAAAAAAUGAAAUAACAGUUUUAAGAGUAAUUACUAAUUGGCAGUGGGGAAUUAGUGCAGGCAAUUUACUUUUCAAUAGCAACAAGAGCUAUAUUGAGCUAGAUCUUUUAAGUUUUAUCUAAACCCACACAGACUUGAAAACGUCAAACGUGGCAAACAGCACGUUAUAUAGUAAGAUUUUUAAAAUCGUUCAUUUUGCCAAAACGGCAAUUUGAUAUUUGGCGUGGCGACUUGAAUAUGGGUGAUCCCGACCUUUAAACUAAAUAGUUCUUUCAUUUCUAAACUGUUUUCUCUGAGCGUAGAGGUCCAGUAAGAGCCAUCUCUUGAAACCUGUUUAAUACAUUCAUUCUCACAAACAACUAAGUCAGUCUAAGGAGUAAGGGCAAGGCGAAACUGCAAUCAGGCGAUUGUAUAAUACUCUCGAUUGUAUAAUACUCUCGAAACUGCAAUCAGGCGAUUGUAUAAGACUCAAACUACAUGCAAAACACAUGUACACAUAUUUACCACUCUGCCACAAACAUCCCAGUAGAAAUUUGAUGGUACAUAUAUUGUAAUGUACAUACUGAACUUCAGCGAAAUUCCAAACUAAAAGAUCAGAAUUUGAAAAUUUUGCCUUGAGCGUAAACAAGUUUUAAUCACCAUAAAACAGCCUAAUUUUCUGCUUGACUAUUGUCAAACUAAUAGAGCUUAUCAGUUAAUUCAUUGAAACGCAUGAUUAGACCCAUUGCCGCCCAGUUAUCUCGCAUAUAUAAUUUAAUUCCUUGGGAACCAUUGUUCCAUUCUAUCCUUACAUAACAACUGUGGUUAUAUACAUGAAUUUUCGGUUAGAACCACUGGUUAGAACUAGACAACUUAUGGGGCUUCGGUGGUGAAGUGGUUUAGCGCAUUUGCCUUUCACCUCUAAGGCCGCAGGUUCAAACUUCAAACCUCAGUGAGAACUCUUCAAUGCGAACCCAGUCCUCAUGUGAAAAGAGUAAAAAUCAACGCUGUGCCGGAAGUCGUGGGUUUUCUCCGGGUAUUCCGGUUUCCCCCCACAGGGAAAGUUGACAGGGUGGGUUAGGUAAAAAGGCCCACAGUAAUUGGCAUAUGCUGUUGUGGUGACCCUGCCCUAGUUGGCAAAGCUAAAUAAAUAAAAAAAACUUUGUAGCUCAGUUGGUUAGAGCGCUGCACCGAAAUCACAGCCACGGGGCCGCAGGUUUGAUUUCCGCCAGAGGGUCUAUAGAGUAUAGUUGCAUUUUCCGCAACUGCUCCUGGUUAAGCUGGAGUAAUACGAGCAACAAAAUUGCUGCAACUUGCAACAAAAUCUGAUUUAUACCCAUGUUAAUUGAAAUGUUUAUACACAUAAAUUAGAAAUCACGAGGCAACAUGUGUCGACAUUUCUACUUAACAUGCGUUGAAAUCAGAUUUUGUUGCAAGUUUCAGCAAUUUUGUUGCCCGUAUUACUCCAGCUUUAGGUCUAAAUAAAAGCACAAAAAUUUACCCUCGAAAUUUUCUUCUGCAAAAAAAUCCUUCAACAAUCUUCUUCGUUAGAAUGGAAUGUAAUUUGGGAGAUGGAGGGGGUAAGCCUCCCUUGAGAUAGGAGAAAUAACCUUCAAUACUUGACAAUUCACAAAUAAUAAGAUUUGGCAUCAUUGUACCAUACCGUUAUUCCAAUUUAUUUCCAUUCAAUUUUCCAAUGGUCCUUUGCGCGUUAAUAAACUAGUAUGUUAUUGUUUAGUUUUGCUACUUAAGAAGAUCGACGAGAAAAAUUACAAGGAAAAUGUUUUAAAGAUCACCGAUUUUGGUCUCGCACGAGAAAUCAAGAACACGACACGAAUGAGUGCCGCUGGAACCUACGCCUGGAUGGCGCCCGAAGUCAUCCGACAUUCAACGUUUUCGAAAGGCAGCGACGUGUGGAGGUAGGUGUGCUAGUUUUUACUAUUCCCGUUAUGUGAAACUUUCUUGUACACAGGUGAAACGCACGACUUGUAACAAACCUGCAGCAGACUUGUAUCAAUGCUGUUUCAACAACUUAAGCCUGUCGCACACGAGAGUGACUUGCUAGUUUUCUCAAGGUGUGCGGUGAAAAUGCAUAGCUAAACCCACUGGUCACCACGCGAGGCGGUUAGCUCAGCAAGCUUCUCUCAAGUGCGGCAGGCUUUACACCGUUUCAAUCUGCAGUGAAACUGCGUUGUGUAAAUCAUGUACAAUGGCUUUUCUUUUAGUUUUGGUGUUGUAAUUUGGGAGCUCCUCACUGGGCAAGUGCCGUACCAUGGGAUCGAGGCUAUGGCUAUUGCUUAUGGAACUGCAAUGAACAAGCUCACUCUCCCAAUUCCUUCAACAUGUCCCGAAGCAUUCGCUGAUCUUAUGAGAGGUACAGUAUAAUAAGCACAAUACUGAAUAGCAACAUACGGUACACCGCUGCACACACGCAAAAAUCUCACAUCUUGUAGCAAGUCUGCCAACAAUCCGUUAACAAGUUGUGUUCGCACUGCUUGUCCCAAGUUGUCAACAAGUAUGGAACAACUUGUUAACAGUUGUAACGACCUUGUUGAUAUUAUCAGACUUGUUGCAAGUUUGUUCCAACAAGUCUGAUACUGUACAGUCAUGAUAUAACCAUAUUGUUACAACCUUGUGUUGUCAACCUUGUAACAUUCUUGUUAUAUCAGACUUGUUAGAACAAUCUUGUAACAAGUCUGAUAAUGCCAUCAAGCUUAUUACAAGUUGUUAACAGCUGGUUCCAAACAUGUUACAACAACUAAGAACAAGCAUUGAGAACACAACUUGUCGAUAGCUUGUGAACGUAUUUGUAACAACGUAUUUGCAGACCUGACUGUAACAACUUGUGUGUUUUUUACGUGUGUGGUGCUUUAAUAAGCAAAAGUCUCGAAUUUCAGCUAUAAAACCAAAAUCAUAAACCAAUUUCAGGGCAAUAAAACCUUAGCAAAACUUAAAUAUGAACGGUCGUAAAACCUUGUUCUUAUAAAUUUCAGUAAUUUUAACAUCACUUCGUUGCAGUGUGCUGGAGCCAAGAUCCUCACGAACGACCGACGUUUUCGAAGAUUAUUAAAACAUUAGAAGAGAUUCGAAGCUCGAAUUUCAUCGCAACUGAACACGAAUCAUUCCGCACGAUGCAGAACGACUGGCAGACUGAGAUCAACCAGAAUUUCGCCGAAUUAAAAGAAAGGGAAAAGGUAGAUAUUUUGUAUGCUAAGAGCAACUUCCGGUUAAAUAAUACUCCGUGAUUUGCUGAAUCGAUUAGUAUCGUACUAUGGAUGAGACCCAACAAAAAAUAUCCUCUGCCGCUCUGGUUUCCGUUUCAUGUCUUGAGAAAAUUGGGUUCCUAUGUACUAGAUAAGACAUGAGCAGCCGAUUCGGAUGCGAAUGUUUUAUCGUGCUUAUAAAACGACCCAUCUUACGAGUUCAUUGCCCCACACCUCCCUAGAAUUGUUGCUUUACAAGUUAGUAAGUCCCCCGCCCCAAACAAAAAAUGGCGGCAGCACUGUACUUAUACCUUCCGACGAAUGGGCUCCGCUCGAAAUGCUUUCAAGUCACGUUGAGAUUUUAAAUAAUUUUACCGCUGUUUUGAAAGGUUUCAUCUUGUAUUUACCAUGCACUGCCAUUGACAUUAAAAUUAAUAAAUUAAUCAUGAUGUCAACACAACAUGGUGCCUGAAAGUGAACUUGUUCAUUCGUGCAUUCCAAAUUAAUAAAAGUUUUUCUUAAUUGACUUGAAAUGAUAGAUUUAGUUCAUUAUGGAACAAAUUAAGCAUUUUAAUUUUAAGUAAAGUCUUAUGAAUAAUUUACGAAGAAGGGACUUUAUUCUACCGCCCUAUUGCGGUCAAAUAUGAUUUCCCCAAUUGUCAAGAAUCUGCCUUAAUUUUCUCGUUAUUAAAUAUGGCGUCUGCUGGCAAAUGCAAUGAUUUCCACCAAUUUAUUUCCUGUGAAUACUCAGUAUUUUGCAUAAUUUGAUUCAAUAACACAAAUCGGAAUAAUUCAUGUAAGCCGGGAAUAUUGGAUUGAAAUUCAAAAUGGCGGACGCUUUUCUGCAGGCCUACUUGGUUUAUAUACUUUAAGAUCUAAAUCGACUGAUUUUGAUACAAUGUUCAAUAGUUUCAAAAUAUUGGAUCAGAUAUAUUACUACAACUGCAAGCGAUGGACAUUCGAUUUUCUGUCAACCAUCAGCAUUUACGCUAUGGCCUAUGUCUAUGCCUAUGGCCAACAUAUUCAUCAUUGACAUUGUAUAGUCCCACAAUAUAAGAAUAUCUAAAAUUAACUCGUUUAAUACUUUAAAUCCUUCAAACAAAAGAUCACAUUAUCGGAUCAUAAAAGUUCUUUGGUUUUGCGAAAGAAUUUAUUCUUCAGUUGAAUGAAUCGGUCCCAAAGCACGUGGCCGUGGGUCAAAUUUGUGUAACCAAAACUUUCCGACUGGGCAUAUUUUGAAAUUCUAGACAAAAACUUUAAUGUCUAUCGCUUUGCUCUUAACGAAACCCAAACAUAUUUCUGCUUUAUUACUCGUAUUUAACCGCCGGCUGGCUUCGUUUUGUUUUAAUAAAACGCCCUUGUAUUAUCUACAAUUAUAAGUUAAUUGAUAAACCAUUAAAGUAAUAAAUUAUUAACAGCGAACUUACGUGCACUAAAGCUUCUUUAAGCAACAGCAAAAUAAUCCUCUUCAGACAUCACUUCAAAGAUUUUAGUCGAUUCAUUGAAGUCUUCGAACAAUUUUUCUGUGCCAUAAGCUUUUCUGUUUCUGAUGAACCAAGAAUUGCUUGAUCCACUUUCAAAUACCGGAUAGCUGUAUUAAAGUAUAUGCUCAGCUUUGCUCAGCCUAAAAAAUCUAGGCGCGACAGCUCGCGAUUGAAAUUCCCUUGAGAGUCGAGGCAUUUAAAAUUCCAUAAGAAAAUUUAUUCUGUUUUCGGGAGCUGCAUACGCAAGCAUGAAAAACAAAAGAUAAAACAAAGCUGAAUGCAGUAGAGCUUGCUGUAUAAGCUAACAUUAGCAUAUAGUCACAAUGUCAGACAUUGUUAAGCAUUGUAUCCGAGUGGACAAACACACAUACAAAAUGUCAAAAAGAAAAUUCUCUCUGUUUUGUUUCCACAUAUUUUGUUUUCAUAACAAAGUCAAAGAGAUGCAACCAUUCGAAUAAGCUUGCUUCAUCAUAUUAAUCACAUUUCAAAGCACACAAAACAAAACCAAUCAUUAUCCAGUGAUCAGAAUGUUCCAUUGUUUUGAAAAUCCCACUGUUCUCUAUGCCAUCCAGUCGAGUAUAGUUUUGAUAUAUUUGUGACGUUAUUUAAAGGUCUAUUCGUGAGCCUGCACCCAAGUUCACUCUGUCACGAUAGGACGGUCUCGAAGCCCGGCAAACUUCAAAGCUACAAAAAUUCAAAAUAGAAAGCCUUUGUUUGAUGUUGAACUGUACACAAAUCCAGCUUUGUCGCAACUUCAUUAAAUCUCAGCUAUCCCUAUUCGACUAUUACUUCAUUACGAAAAUAUUUUCUUGAAAACUCAGUUUAUAGAAACGUUUUUGUUAUUUCAUUUCUAGGAACUUUCUUCAAGGGAAGAGGAACUCGCAAAAAUGCAACAUGCAAAUCAAAACCACGCCGAAGUUUUGAAAAAGAGAGAGAAAGAAUUACACGAACGAGAAAUGAAUUUGUUGGAAAGAGAAAUUAAUAUCAUCAUACAGGUUCGGGGUUUAGAUGUUUCGACUUUGUUUCGGUUUGAAAUAAAGUUACUACAACAUUUAAUUAUAUUUAGUUUUUCAAUUAAUUACAUAAUUAAUUUAGUUAAUUAAUAAAGUCCACGUGAUUUUAUAUUUUAGAAACAAAUUCAAAAGCCAUCGCCGAGAAAGAGAAAAGGAAAGUUUUUUCGAAUGAAGUUAAGAUGGUCGGGACGGGAGAAGAUACUGAGAAAUAAAAUCAGCGAUCCCAAAGGUAUUGUGAAAACCCCAGAGAGUUUCAGAUGUGUUUUAUCUACCCGAUCAACUAAUCAAAUGCGUAUUAUUGGCGUGAGAGGUAGUGGAUGUCAAAGUUUAUUAAGAGGAGAUUUUUUUUGUAUGUUACGUAACACGCGCUCAAAACUAAUGUGUAUAAUAUACCACUUGAGGUUAUGACUAAAUUCAAAAUUUUUAUUUUUCGAUACGUUUCUCAAUCGGCAAACAAACUUAAAAAGUAUGUUUAGUGCUUUAUCUGUAAAAUAAUGCUAAAAUGAAGAGAUUUUAGAUGAUACGCCAAAGAGAAAAUGAUGUCUAAAGUUCAGUAAGUUUUGCUUAUAUGGUUGUAAAUAUGGCGUCAAUUUUAAAGCAUCAUUGAUAAUUGUAUUUUAAUUUACAAUUUAUAACCAUUUAUGUUUCUCAACCGGCAGAUGCAUUUAAAAAGGUAGCUAACUGUAUAAACUAGAGAAUAAAGCUAAAACAAAGUAAUUUUGAGAGGAAUGCCAAAGAGAUUUUAGGUUUUGAACACUUUUCAUUGCAAAUAUGUGACAUUGAUAUAGGAGGCAAUUUUUCUUGUCUUAAGUGACUGGAUAUAGACGUUGCGUAAUAUUUCAAAUCCGACUAUGAGGACCUGGACUAGAUUUCAUGUCCGCGUAAUUUGAGUCCUCGUUUUAGUGUUUGCCUGUUUCAAUCAAAUAUUUUCUUGAUAUUUUUAGAUUUCCAGCAUAUCAUGGGUGUCCAGGCAACCUCUGCCACCGACGUGGACAAGACUGGAUCACUUCCCAACUCGCCCGUGUGGUCACCGAAUCUUAGUCGCUUGAGGAUUUUCUCUUGUAAGUCAUAAUGUACACUGUGUAUGAUCAUAGUCGAUAGAACAGGGGGGAAAUUAUGCAUGUUUUUAUGCAAGUUUGUGGCGAAUGCCAGUCAUCCUUACUUGCAGCUGAGAUCUGAAUUACGAAGGACGCAGCUCAACCUGAUCGAGUCGAACUCUUUCUAAGGGCGCCAGCCACCUUAUGACUCAUGUCUGAAAGUUUGUCAUUUUAUUCGAUCCUAUUUUUUUCAGACGACCGAACGGAGAAUCGUGCUUGUCCCCAAGUCAAUCAUAUGCCAAAGAAGAAAGGCAGAACCUGGGGUCCUAGCUCAGUGACUCAGAAAGACAAAUCAAAGACAACUCCAAAAUCAAAAUCUCCAAAGAUCAAUCAUCAACACCGCAGUACCUCAGCUCCGAAUCUCGACUCCAAUUCGUCCAACGGCAUGAGCGCCUGGGCAAGCACGGGGAAUUUAGGUGAGAAAUUUUAACCAAACCUGUAAGCCCGUAAUCCUCUUCUCUCAAAUAACCCAGCCCUCUAAUGCACCCGUCUGUAAAACUCUUUGUACGAGGGGGUCUAUUAAGCAUCCCGGCCAUUAAGCCCCCCCCCCCCCAAAGGACGGAUUUCAGUGGAAAUGCUGGGGGAGGUAGAAAGUAUUUUAGGGGAGCUGUCACUGGGAAUUUGGGAUGUGAACGAUCAGAACGUACCCUCUGAAGUCAACUGUGUGGCUGUACAGUGUACAUAUUUAUCAUGAAUUGACUAUACGACUCAUCCAAUUUCGCCCCUCGUUACAGCAUCACAACGUUUCUUUGGAAACAUUGCAUUUAGUAAUUUUUACGAUUCCUCGCAACAUCCCGCGUGUAUGCCCUGCAAGAGAAACAUUUGGUAUUCCUAUAUAUUAAACUUAUUUCUUUUCUCAAGAUCCAGACGAAGACAGUGCGUCCAGUAUGUCGGACGUGGGCAGCACCUCAACCCUAUCCCGUCUUCGCAGCAAAUCGUCAAGAAAGCGCUGUGAUCUUGCUAUGUGUCAUAUAGGCCUACUGAUGGUCGCUAUCACAGGAAUUGAUGUCAAAUCAAUAGCCAUCGCUAGAGAAGAGGCCAUUCUCGAAGAACAAGGAGUGCGCAAAAAGCGAGCUGUCUCAUUCACGAAACAUAAAGCCGAACCAGUCCUCACCGGAUACCGCGCUGGUAGUAUGUGGAAGAGCAGCUCGAUUUCCAGCGAUGAGACUGGGUCGGGUAGCGACGGAUUCUUCAAUCUUUCUCCGCUUUCCGAGAAACAUCGUACACAGUCGCUAGGUCGGCGACCUUGGUCCAAGACCGCUAGCCAACCGGACGUCGACGGCGUCUACUAUAAAAGGAUAGAUUCAGAUUCCUCCGUCUUCACCGAGAGUGAGACGACGCGAAGCACCGCACCGUUGCUAAGCAACACGGGGGAAGGCUCACGAACUAAAUACGAUCGCGCGACGAGGGCGACCAAACAUGCAUUAAAAAGCAAAUCUUCGGAUUCGCUGCCCCGAAACUUGAACCACCAAGAAACCCGAACAAAGUCGCCCGCCGACUCUCGAGGCAGUGACCAGCGGUACUCCAUGCCGGAUAUCGAAUCGCAACUUCCGGGAGCGAAACUUCCGCCUCCUCCGUCGUCGAGUUCCAACCGUGAUCUCUCGCGGUCACCAAAAACUGGACUGCUAUUAGAGUUAAAUGGCGGCAAGAGUAUCCGCCCUAGACCGCGGGCUCAGAAAAACAGCAGUUCUACCGACGAAUCUAUGACCCCUACGGGAUUGACCCCCGAGUCGGAAACCACUAAGGGUUUUGAUAACCUCGGAAAAGACGAACCACGCCCGCGAACGGGAAGGACUGCUUCACAAACAAUAACGGACCUAUAACGUCGGGCUCAAAUUAGGCGAACCAGUAAUUCUAUAUUUUGUAAAUACUAACAUACUUUUAAAAUAUUAAUUUUUCAGCAACGUGCUGAAACCUAAUUGCAAGUUAUUGUCACUGAUCUGAAAAUAAACUGGAUUGCACAACCCAAUGAAGCCAGCUGUUAAAUUAAUGACAUAGAAAAGAUGUCAAGCGAUAAAUUUCUACCAAGAAAUACGUUGGAAAGAUUAUCAUUUGGUCCCUUAAUUAAGCAAUAGCUGAUUUUCGGGUCAUUUUAAUACAAUAGCUGAUUUUCGGGUCAUUUUAAUACAAUGUAGAUAACCAAUCCAGUUUACUUUCAGAUCAGUGAUAGUGUAGCGAAUUUGGAGUCCGCGCCAACCACACUCCACAGGGAGUGGGGCAAAUAUUUUACUGACGUGCUAAUGAAUGGAAUACAAUUUAAUCAAUCAAAUAUGUACUAGAAUUAUGCGUACUUAUCCACUAAUGUAUCCAUGUUUCCCUAUAAAAUCCCCAUCAUUGGGUCCAAUCUUAAUUUAGAAAUAUUUUCCAGUUUCAAAUGCUUUCAUUUUCUUAUGGCAAGCCAUGACUACAACCACUUUCCACAGCCUAGGCUUAAAAUUACACAUAACUGUCACUGGGGAAAUAAGAGCUUGCCUAGUAUGCGGCUCUCAGCUUGUAACGCUUAACCUCGUACCCAGGGUAUUUGCUCUUGGGGAGCGAAAUACCCUGGUAUGGCCU